AUGCAAGAAAAAGACCUCGGACCCAUAGUAGGAUAUAAUCUUGAACUCAAAGAUAUUUUUCUUGAGGCUCCCAACAAAGAUUUAUCCUCAAGCACCAAGUAUGUUAGGCUGAUAAACGGCAUAUCUACAACUUUUGAAUCAGGGAAAUUGUCAGUUAUCAUGGGACCUAGUGGAAGUAGUAAAACAACAUUGAUAAAUUUGAUUGUAGGAAUAAUUCAAGAAAACUCGAAGGUCUCGGGAAAUGUGCUUCUUCGUGGGAAAUCAAGAAACCCAAAGACAUGGUUAACCCAGGUUGCCUAUCUAAAUCAGGAUGACUGCAUAGUUCCCUACAUAACUAUCCACGAAUAUAUUUACUUUUGUGUGAGUUGCAGAACAACGAAAAAACAAAGAGGAGGAAGAAGUAUUAAUGAGAUCAUCAAUAAGGUGAUGAAAAAACUUCAUAUCGAGGAUCUUAAGGACGUAGUUAUGACGGCGAUUUCAGGAGGGGAGAGGAAAAGGGUAAUGAUAGCUGUUGAGUUUGCAGUUUCUCCAGAAGUAUUGAUUCUAGAUGAGCCAACAAGUGGAUUGGAUUCACAUCUUGCAUUUGAAUUAAUUCAAAUGAUCAAGGAAUAUGCUGUUGAAAACAACAAGAUUGUGAUCACAACAGUCCAUCAGCCAGGUCCGGGAUUGUUUGAUAUGUUUGAUUAUCUCCUGUUUCUUAAUAAGGGAUCUUUGGUGUAUUCGGGGUCUGCUGAUCAAUGCGAAAGAUUUUUUGAUUCUAAAGGAAUUCAUAGAGUCGGAAAUCUGUCUGUGAGUGAAUUUUUAUUUGAGCUUUUUUCUGGACAGUCGUAUAUCUCUGGAAUUGAGGAGUAUAGAGAGGCCAUCAACAAAAUGAUAGAGUCUGCCGUCCAAGAGGGAGACUUGAAAAUCGAAAACAAAACAAUGAGCCAGAUCUCUGGCUCUGUAGUUAAGCUUCCAUUUAGUUUCUCAAAGGCACUCAAGAUAGCUAAAAGAAAAUGGAUUAUGGAAUGGAGAUCUUGGAGGAUGAUGAGGAAUUGGAUUUUCGAGAUCGUUUUUCUUUUUGUCUAUGUCUAUUUCUUGUAUCCAAUGAUCUUUUCUAUAGAAUUUUUGAAUUUUAAAAAUCUCCUAAAUCUAAACAUAAACGAACGUGAUGAAACAGAAUCAGUUUUUCGUUGGCUUAUAGGCUCCUUAAAAUCCAUGAUUGAUGAAUCUCUAGUGGGCAAUGUAGAUGAGGCAAUCAAGUGGGAGAUAUGUUCAUUUCUACUAAUUACACUUUCCCUUUUCGGUUCGACAGACAUACUUGAUGGCUUAAAUUAUGUCCACAGAGAAACAUCCAAGGCAACAUAUGGCAUAUCCACACUUUACUUCUCGACAUGGAUUGCCGAAACACCUAUAACCAUUCUAAAAUGCUUUGUAUUUCUGGGGAUUUCAUCAUCCAUAGGAAUUCAUGGGGGAAAUACGUUUGAACUAAUCACUUACAUAAUUGUAGGAAGUCUUUUAAUACUGGCAUUUGAUAUUAUGAUGAGAAGCAUUACAUCUUCUAGUGCGUUUAGAAAGUUUCUCUCGAUGAUCACUUUCAUAUUUCUGACAUCUCUUACUCCGGAGAUUUCAUAUACAUUUACAAAAAUACUCUCGGUUCCUUCGGCCGGAAAUCUCAGACUUCUGAAACUUUUAAAGUAUCCCUCUAUACUUCUUUGGCCUCAAAUCUUCUUUCAAGGAUUCAUGAGGCUGUCUUUCUUUGAAAGGGUGAUGUUCCCUAAGGAACCAAACGAGAAGUUUACUUUUAUAUACAAGGCCAUUAUGGGUUCAAUAGUGACUCCACGUCUUUAUGACCUACAUCUUAGUGAUGAAGAAAACAGAGAAAAGCUCCUCAAUCCUCAGACCAGGUUUCUAGUAGAUCAAAACUACUCUAAAUAUAUUCUAUUGCCUCUUGGAGCUACUUCUCUCAUAAUAGUUAUCCUUUUAAGUAAUUACUUUCUUGUGAGAAGAUUUUCUCCUCGCUUACAGCUUAACCUAUCCAAUAAAUAA